UAUAAAUUAGCACUCCCACAACUUUCAAAUACACACAACAAACAUCAUAAACGUAUAGGCCCGGGGUUUUUUCUCUGCUUCUCUCUCUAUCUGAAAGAAUAAAAUGGAGAGAGACGAUCAUAAACCAACGUUAACAGCUCCAUUGAUUCAAAUUUGUGAAGAAAAUGGGCUCAACAAUGGAAGUGGCGGAGUUCAUGACAAGGGUUUUAAGAGGAAGGAAAUUCUUGAAGAAGUAAAGAAGCAGUUAUGGCUAGCAGGGCCUAUGAUAUCUGUGGGUCUAUUGCAGUAUUUCUUGCAGAUGAUAUCGAUCAUGUUUGUCGGUCAUCUUGGUGAAAUACCUCUCUCUGGUGCUUCCAUGGCCACUUCCUUUGCAACAGUCACCGGAUUCAGCUUGUUGCUGGGAAUGGCCGGUGCAUUAGAGACCUUAUCAGGGCAGGCAUAUGGGGCAAAGCAAUAUCAUUUGAUGAGCGUCUAUAUGCAGCGAUCCAUGAUUGUUCUUUUACUUGUUAGCAUACCUCUUGCUGUUAUUUGGGCAAACACAGAGCCUAUUCUAGCUGCUGUAGGUCAAGAGGCUGAUAUCGCUGCAGAAGCCGGUCGAUAUGCUCGUGUUAUGAUCCCGAGCCUUUUUGCCUAUGGCCUUCUUCAGUGCCUAAUCAGGUUCUUACAAACACAAAACAUUGUUUUCCCCAUGGUGGUUUGCGCUGGAAUUGCAACUGUGCUACAUAUAUUUUGGUGUUGGGUUCUGGUAUUGAAAUCUGGACUUGGAAGCAGCGGAGCCGCCUUGGCAAACAACAUAUCUUAUUGGAUCAAUGUGCUGUUGUUAGCUCUUUAUGUGAAGUUCUCUUCUUCAUGUUCAAAAACAUGGACUGGACUAUCCAGUCUGGCCUUUCAAAAUAUUCUUGCUUUUGUUAGACUUGCCAUUCCUUCAGCUAUCAUGACUUGCUUGGAAAUGUGGUCUUUUGAAAUGGUGGUUCUUUUAUCUGGGCUACUUCCUAAUCCAGAGUUAGAAACGUCUGUGCUCUCCGUUAGCUUAAAUACAGCUGCGACAGUGUGGAUGAUUCCUUUUGGACUCGGUCUAGCAGUGAGCACUAGGGUCUCGAAUGAAUUAGGAGCAGGGCGUCCAGAAGCAGCUCGUUUAGCGGUUUGUAUUGUAGUGGCCAUGGCCAUUACUGAGGGUUUAUUGGUGGGGUUAGUCCUUGUACUGAUACGCAAAAUCUGGGGAUACGCUUAUAGCAAUGAAGUAGAAGUGGUGAAUUAUCUAGCAGAAAUGAUGCCAAUUCUUGCAGUGGCCAACUUUCUAGACGGAUUGCAGGGUGUUCUUUCAGGUACUGCUAGAGGAUGUGGGUGGCAGAAGAUUGGAGCAUAUGUGAAUCUUGGAUCAUACUAUUUAGUUGGAAUUCCGUUGGCCGUCGUAUUUGCUUUCGUCUUUCACAUUGGCGGAAAGGGUCUGUGGUUGGGGAUAAUAUGCGCGCUAAUUGCUCAAGUUUUAUCUCUUCUUGCUAUCACCAUAAAAACCAACUGGGAGAAAGAAGCUAACAAGGCUACAGAGAGAAUCUGUGAUUCAGCAGUUCCAGUUGAUUUGGUCUCAUGAAGCUUAUCAGUGACCAAAAACAGAAAAUCACGGUGAAAAGAUUUGACACGCUUGAAGUGUUGGGGCUUAUUAAAGCAUUGAUAUUGCAGAAAUUUGUAUUCCGUAAGCCUAAUUUGUACACAAUAAGAUCUAUGUCCUUUUAUCCUUUAAGAAAGUAAGAACAUGGGUUAUAAGUUUUGGUCAGAACACUUCUACGAGUACGCUGUUUUACUGUCACCGAGGCAUGGAUAUCAAUUAUUUUUUAGGCACAAAAUCAUAGUCCACUUUUUCAUCUUGGGGACAAUUUCCUUCUAUUUUGUGCAUGAAAUUACCCCAUCCUUUACACUAUUUUUUCAUUUAUUCAUCCACCAUUGUUCAAAUCACCUUUUGAUCCUAGCCCUCCAUUUCAAAUAAGAACAUUUUCCUAGA